GUCCUCCCCUCCCGCCGCCGCCGGCCGCUGUCAGGAUGAGGCGGAGGAGGCGGCGGCCCGGCCCGGCCGCUCCCGUCUCCGUGCCCGUGGCGUAGCGGUCCCCGCCCGGAGGAGGCCGCGGCGGUGCCGCCCGCCGAGCCAUGGCCCAGCCGGGCCCCAGCGCCCAGACCGAAGAUGCUCUUCUACAACGGGUAGCAGAAUUGGAAAAGGUCAAUGCAGAAUUUCUGCGCACAAAGCAGCAACUUGAGCAAGAAUUUAAUCAAAAGAGAGCAAAAUUUAAGGAGUUAUACCUGGCUAAGGAAGAGGACCUGAAAAGACAGAAUGCAGUGCUGCAGGCAGCCCAGGACGACCUGGGCCAGCUGCGCACCCAGCUGAUGGAGGCCCAUGCCGAAAUGGAGAACAUCAAGGCCAUAGCCACAGUGUCAGAGACCACCAAGCAGGAGGCCAUCGACGAGGUCAAGAGGCAGUGGCAAGAAGAAGUGGCUUCCCUCCAGGCCAUCAUGAAAGAGACUGUCCGUGACUAUGAGCUGCAGUAUCACCACAGGAUGGAGCAAGAGCGAGCUCAGUGGAGCCAGUACCGAGAGAACAUGGAGAGGGAAAUUGCAGAGCUAAGGAGGAGACUGUCUGAAGGCCAGGAGGAGGAAAACCUAGAAAAUGAAAUGAAAAAGGCUCAGGAAGAUGCUGAGAAGCUGCGCUCCGUUGUGAUGCCCAUGGAGAAAGAGAUUGCAGCCCUAAAGGAGAAACUGGCAGAAGCUGAAGAAAAAAUAAAAGCAGCAUCAGAGGUUAAAGAACUGAACCAUUAUUUAGAAGCUGAGAAGUCGUGUAGGACAGACUUGGAGAUGUAUGUGGCUGUUCUCAACACACAAAAAUCAGUCCUGCAAGAGGAUGCAGAGAAGUUGAGGAAGGAGCUGCAUGAAGUUUGCCAUCUCCUAGAGCAAGAGAGGCAGCAGCACAACCAGCUGAAACACACAUGGCAGAAAGCCAAUGACCAGUUCCUGGAGUCCCAGAGGCUGCUGAUGAGGGACAUGCAGAGGAUGGAAAUUGUGCUCACCUCAGAGCAGCUCCGGCAGGUGGAAGAGCUGAAAAAAAAGGAUCAGGAAGAAGAUGAUCAGCAGAGGCUUAGCAAGAGAAAGGAAGAGAAGCAAAAAGAUUCAGAUGAUGAAACAAAGGCUUCAUGUUCUCUGGCCCCUGAAGAAACCCUUACCCAGCUCUCCAAUGAAGAGGUGCAUGUGAAUAGCACCCAUGGCUCAGUCCAUUCCCUGGAUGCAGACUUGCUUCUUUCCUCUGGCGAAUCCUUCAAUAAACCAGACACUGAUAUGUUUAAAGAUGGACUUAGGAGAGCACAGUCUACAGACAGUCUGGGCACAUCUGGAUCCUUACAGUCCAAAGCUUUAGGGUACAACAACAAAGCAAAAUCUGCUGGGAACCUGGAUGAGUCAGAUUUUGGACCACUUGUUGGAGCAGAUUCAGUGUCUGAGAACUUUGAUACGGCUUCCCUUGGAUCCCUGCAAAUGCCGAGCGGGUUCAUGUUGACCAAAGAUCAGGAAAAAGCAAUCAAAGCAAUGACACCAGAGCAAGAAGAGACUGCUUCCCUGCUCUCCAGUGUCACCCAGGGGGUGGAAAGUGCUUAUGUGUCCCCCAGCGGGUACCGCCUGGUCAGCGAGACAGAGUGGAACCUGCUGCAGAAGGAGGUGCAGAAUGCAGGGAACAAGCUGGGCAGGCGCUGUGACAUGUGCUCCAAUUAUGAGAAGCAGUUGCAAGGGAUCCAGAUCCAGGAGGCUGAGACCAGAGACCAGGUGAAAAAGCUGCAGGUGAUGCUGAGGCAAGCUAAUGACCAGCUGGAAAAGACAAUGAAAGAUAAACAGGAAUUGGAGGAUUACAUGAAACAAAGUGCUGAAGACUCUUCUAAUCAGAUCUCCUUGCUCAUGGCCAAGUGUCAGAAGUCAGAAAAUUUCCUCAGCGAGCUGCAGCAGGCAUUUCUGCAAGCCAAGAGAAGUGUCCAGGAGCAAAUGGCUGUCCUGACACAGUCAAGGGAGCAGGUUUCAGAAGAGCUGGUGAGACUGCAAAAAGAUAAUGAAAGUCUUCAAGGAAAACACAGCUUGCAUGUGUCCUUACAGCAGGCUGAAGAUUUCAUUCUACCCGAAGCAACAGAGGAGCUGCGGGAGCUGAUCCUCAAGUACCGCGAGGACAUCAUCAGUGUGAGGACAGCAGCAGAUCACCUGGAGGAGAAGCUGAAGGCAGAGAUCCUCUUCUUGAAGGAACAGAUCCAAGCUGAACAAUAUUUGAAAGAAAAUAUAGAAGAAACUCUACAGCUGGAAAUAGAGAAUUGCAAAGAGGAAAUAGCUUCCAUUUCCAGUUUAAAAGCUGAACUGGAAAGAAUAAAAGCGGAAAAGGAACAGUUGGAAAGCUCUUCACAGGAAAACCUGCAGCAGCUGGAGAGUCUGCAGGAGGCAAAGAAUGCUCUAGAAGAACAGCUGAAGAAGGAGACUGCAGCAAAGGCCAACCUUGAGCAGCUGGUGUUUGAAGAGAAGAACAAAGCCCAGAGGUUGCAGACUGAGUUGGAUGUCAGUGAGCAAGUGCAGAGAGACUUUGUAAAGCUUUCUCAGACACUUCAGGUGCAGCUGGAGAGGAUCCGGCAGGCAGAUUCCCUGGAGAGGAUCCGUGCAAUCCUGAACGACACAAAACUGACGGACAUUAAUCAGCUCCCUGAAACAUGACACCCUGAUGGGCUCCAAGGCUGUGUCUGGGGUUUUUAACUCAUCUUUAUAGCAACAUUAAUUAUUAUUUAACUCUAACCGAGAGAGCAGAAGACAACAGAGGGGAGCAAUGACUUAAGUUUUGUUUCUAGAGGGGAAAAGGUUUCGUACUGGGCAGGAAGAGAGCACAAGGGUGACUUGUAGUGUAGGAAGGAGAAUUUCUAAUGGAAACACUAAUGAGUGCAGUGUUUCGUGUUCCACUGAGUGGGAUCAGUCCUUACAUUCUGAAAAACUUCCCUCUUUCAGCCGACUUCGUAACCUAAUAUAGAGUUUUGGAACAUUAUACCCCUGUCUUUCCCUCUGUUCUUUCCCCCACUACUGUGAUCAAAGUAGCUGCUGGAAACUAUUGUCCCUCCAAAACGUUGAAGAGCAAAGUGGUUGAAGUUUUUCUGUUUGAAUAGUCAGUAACAGUAUUCAGCUAGCAGAGAGAAUGAGGUGUAGAGUAUGCUGUAUGAAUAUUUUAUAUUAAAAUAUGACUUUAUUAGCAGGACACUGGAUAUUGAUCUUAUUUCAUAACUCAGUACUUUUUUUUUUAAAAACCAUUGGCUCUGUGAAGAAUCUGAAUGCUGCUGAAAUGUGGAUAUGAGUGAGCUGUGUAUCUCCUGAACAGAUAAAUGCUAAUCCAAAAGAAAAAGAACACUGUACUGAGAAUUUAACUCCUUGCCAUUUUUCUGUUGAAUUCAGAUACAGAAAGAAAAGCACAAGAAAUGCACUGUUUUGUAAUCUCUUUUCACAAAUGUAAUUUAGAAUAUGGAGCUACAACUGGUUGUUUCUCAUCUCCUAAAGCUGAGCAGUGCCUGGAAUCCCUUCUCUGUGGAAAAAAAACCCAAAAAACAACAAACAAACAAAAAAAACAAGCAAACAAAAAACCCAACCAGAAAAAAAGUUGUGUGCAUGUCUGAGCAUUGGCCCGAGGUGGUGCAGGUGUGCUCUGCUCUGGGGUGGCACCAGCUGUGCAGGCAGGAGCUCUCUGGGGAGGGCAGGUGCUGAGUGAAGCUGUUCCUGACCCCUCUGCCAGGUCAGCCUCGUGUCAGCUCACAGGGAGCCGCUCUCAGACACUCCUGGGCAGGGCACAGACCUGCAGGCUUGUGCUGCUGGAGGGGGCAGUGCAGCUCUUUGGUGUCCUGCCCUGCUCAGAGGUGGCUCCUGGGCUGUCCCCUGGUUCUGCUCCCAGACUCUGAAUUGGCACUGAGUGAUGUGGCAGCAGAGGCAGGAAAUUCUUGUGAUCACUCAGUUGCCAGGUUUGGGUUUCUUGUUCUAUAAAUGUCCAGAGGUAACAUGAGCAUCCCUCCUCCUCCUCCUCCUGCACUGCUGGAGUUCAUGCACACAGCUGGAUGGAUUCCUGAGCUCUUGCAGGUGUUGAUGAUCCUGGUGGUACAAACCCAAUUCUUGGACUUUGCAACUCACUUAAAGGAGGCUGAAGGAGCAGAUCCCGCUGUCCAAAACUUCUUAGUUUUUCCUCCAUUCCUUGAUGUUUUUACUUCAUAUACUUGGCCAGAGAUCUGCUUUUCUUCAUCACCUUCAAAAGUGACAGAAAAUGCUCCAAACUGCAAUGCACAUGACUAUAUAUUUUAAGUGCUUAGAUCCUAUUUUUAGCAGUGUAUAUCCUGCUACUGACAUAAAGUCAGAACCAGUGGUUUUGAAGAGGAAUGCCUUAAAAACAGCCAAAAAAGCAUCAUAUAAGCUCAAUUCCUUUCCACUCAUUACAAGAAUUAAAGCAUUUUAUUCACCCUAGCAAUUAAUUCUCUUCAUAAUCCUGACACCCAAAAGUAAUCUUUCCCACCUUAGUAAUGACUAACAGAUGGCAGAGCUGUCAUGUCUAGAGAUGACACUUACUGUCACAUAAAGGUGACGUUGAAGUGUGGCUUGAGUCUUAUUUGGCUAUUACGAGAUUAGGGUUUUUUUACUCUUCCUCACUAUUUGCUGAACUGUGGGUGACAGCAGCCAGGUCCUGAUGCAUAAAUCCAGGACCAGAUAUUUUUAUUCAGUUUUCCAAUGGCUGGGUAGACUUUGGAGACAAAACUACAGGCCUUUAGUAGGAGCUGCAGAACAGAAAGGAAAGCUUUUUUUCUCUGUUCCCACCCUCCCUUGCCAAAAACUAAGGUGUAACAGGUUACAGGGUUAGUUACUGUAACUGGGGACUGCUUCACCUGUGCAGGAGGUGUAAGGAAACCUCCUGUAGGACAAAACUACACCACAUCCUGCACCCUCUUCAGCAAGCUGAGUUCUUUAGGAACUGCACCUUGAGGUCUUUCACAGUGAAGUAUUUUUUGGGUGUGUUUCUGGCUGGUCCCAGUGUGAGAGAGCAGGGGCAGGGGCUGUUCCUGCCCUUCCAGCACCCCUUGCUGGUCCCUGUGUCUGGCCUGUUCUCAGCAGCCCUGGCUGUGCUGGCUCAGAGCGUUUCAGGUGCUCCAGGGCUGGGGGCUUUUCCUUGUUUGUUUUUAUGGCUCGUGGGCACAGCUUUCCCCGGGUGUGCUGGUGUCAGGGCAGGGUCAGGGCAGGAAGGAGGGAGUGGGGCAAGUGCUUUGUGCUCCUUGGUGGCCCCAGGGCCUGUGGAGCUGUUCCCAGGGCAGACCUGCAGGCCUGGGGGUGUGCACUGUGUGCUUUUCCUGGUUUGUGAAGCAGGCACUGCACAAGUGCCUCGAGGACCUUCCUUUGGUGUGGAGAGGAGGGCAGGCAGCUCUUGCAUGGUUUUCCUUUUCACCUCCCUGUUCCAUCACCAGCCCAACACCUGUGCUCCUGUCUCAGUGCCAGCUGUGACUGUUUUAGUGUUGGAACACGAGUCACCCUUUUCACCAACUGCUGUAAUGUCAGACUUUUAAACAAUUCAGUUUGAAAUUGGAACCCUGGCUAUUCACAGAAGUGGUGGGAGAUGUGCUCCCUGCAAACUGCUGUCCCUUCUGGGGGAAGGACAGCAAAGCUUCAGCAGCAGCAACUGAGCUUCUGCUGAACUCAAACUCAAAGGGGCCUUUAAAAGCAAAACAAGACAGUGUGUGCCAAAUUUGCAGAGCAAAUUUAAAAGACUGUAAAUGUAGGAAAAGCUCUUGGUGUAGAUACUCACUGGAUGAUGGAUUCUGGUGUUGCUGUUUGUGAACAUGAGAAAACAAAUGCUCUUCCUUCCAGUUCUGGGUGUUGUGGAGCGUGGCUGGGGCCGGGGUGGGCUCUCCUGUCUCAGGCAGUGCCACUGCUCAGCUGUGACAGGGCUGAGCUGUUGGUGGAGGCUGGAACAGGGCCCAGGUGGAGUUCUGUCUGCAUUCCUGUACCUGUAUAGUCUUAACCUGUACAAAGUGUUCUUGCAGCAUGUCUGGUACCCCCCAGCAGUGCCCCCCUGUUUUAGCAGUGCAGUAACUCCUGUCCCCCCUGAGCUUCACCACGGCGCCUUUUCCAGGGGCAGGGGGGAGGGACAACAAUUCCUUCUUGUCCACUAGAGUCUGUCUACAGCAGAGACUGAAUUGGCCUUGUAAUGGCAAGGACUGCAGAGCCAUCUUUUGCAAAAGGCAGUGUUUGGAAGUCAAUACUGCAUUCCAGUGAGCCAAGCCAUUGGUGUCCUGUGCAAUCGUGGGUGUAGAAUUCUGCUGUCUCCAGGAUUCCAGUGUAACCAUUUGUUAACUGUACUGAAGGUGUGUCCUUUAUGGAGAAAGUGUUCCAAAUUAAAAAAAGCUGCUGAAGUGUG